ACACUAUGGCCGCUGCCAUCUGUCUGUCAGUGAGAAGGAGAGAUAUGAGGCUUUGGGGAGCCAGACCCCGAGUGUUCAGCAAUGGGUUCCUGGCCAAGAUAUCGGGGUUCAGGAGGCCGGGUGGCAGUACAGGGGGGCAGAGCAUGACGGCUGGGGUACAGAGGACGGGGGAAAUUCGGGGUUCAGGGGGACAGGACCUGCUUUCAGACAUAGCUCGAGGUUCAGGGGUGCAGAGCAUGUCCCCAGUUAGACAUUGGGGUUCAGGGGUGCAGGGCAUGUCCCCAGGUAGACAUUGGGGUUCAGGGGUGCAGAGCAUGUCCCCAGUUAGACAUUGGGGUUCAGGGGUGCAGGGCAUGUCCCCAGGUAGACAUUGGGGUUCAGGGGUGCAGGGCAUGUCCCCAGGUAGACAUUGGGGUUCAGGGGUGCAGGGCAUGUCCCCAGGUAGACAUUGGGGUUCAGGGGUGCAGGGCAUGUCCCCAGAUAGACAUUGGGGUUCAGGGGUGCAGGGCAUGUCCCCAGAUAGACAUUGGGGUUCAGGGGUGCAGGGCAUGUCCCCAGAUAGACAUUGGGGUUCAGGGGUGCAGGGCAUGUCCCCAGGUAGAUAUUGGGGUUCAGGGGUACAGCUGAUGGGUUUAAGAGCAUCCAGCUAUUUUGGUAAGCAUGCCAUUGAUGCAGAAGGCAGGAGGUGUAUGGAGGUGGAGGAAAUUCUGGAUAGCCAUUGGGGUACAGGGGUUCAGUGUGAAUAUGAAGAGCACAAUAUGGGCUCAGAAGAUGCGUGUUUCUCAAUCCAAAGAGUGGAAUCAGGAGUUGGUAGAUGGAGCAGUGCAUGGACACUGUAUGCUGGCGUGAUGCUAGGGGUUGGUUUUGGCUUCUGGGUGUGGAGCCGAGGACUCCCUGGAGCUACGGAUGUGAUGGCAGCUAAGCCGUAUGAAGACCAAGAAAAGGUCACCCCCUCACCUGGAGCCCGGACGAGCUUCAACUUUAUAGCUGACGUGGCAGAAAAAACUGCACCCGCUGUGGUAAAUAUAGAGAUCCUUGGGAGACACCCCUUCUCCCGGCAGGAAGUUCAAAUCUCCAGUGGCUCAGGGUUCCUCAUUUCUUCUGAUGGUCUCAUUGUAACUAACGCUCAUGUGGUGGCCAACAGGAGUCGAGUGAGGGUUAAACUGUUCAAUGGGGAGUGCUACGAGGCUACAGUUCAAGAUGUGGAUCCUGUGAGCGACAUCGCUACCCUUAAAAUCAGUCCGAAGGCCCCACUUCCGACCCUAAAGCUGGGCCGCUCCUGUGAUGUCAGGCAAGGGGAAUUUGUGGUGGCAAUGGGCAGUCCAUUUUCACUGCAGAAUACAAUCACCUCGGGUAUUGUAAGCUCUGUUCAUCGAGGCAGCCGGGAGCUGGGCCUAUCUAGUAGAGACAUGGACUACAUACAGACGGACGCAACCAUUGAUUUUGGGAACUCAGGAGGUCCUCUGGUCAAUCUGGAUUGCGAAGUUAUUGGGAUCAAUACUAUGAAGGUUACACCUGGAAUCUCGUUUGCUAUCCCGUCUGACAGAGUGCAAGAUUUCUUACAGAAAUACAAGAGUCAGAGCUCCUGGCUUAACUCCUCCCACAGGAAACGUCAGUACAUUGGGGUGAUAAUGGUGACCCUGUCUCCCAGCAUCCUGGCUGAGUUGAAAUUCCGAGAUCCUGGGUUUCCUGAUAUACAGCAGGGUGUCCUGAUCAUGAAAGUGAUUACUGGCUCCCCAGCAAAUCAGGCUGGACUGAAGCCUGGGGAUACGAUCCUGGAGAUUAAUGGCCAGAAAGCUGUGUCUUCUGCAAUCAUAUAUGAUGCUGUUAACUCUCAGUCUAAACUCUCAAUGAUUGUAAGACGUCGGAAUGAGACGUUCAUGGUCAAUGUCAUCCCCGAGACGGUGGAGUGAGGAACAGUCAAUAUAUGUAUCCGAUCUUUGAAGGUGCACCACGAAUUCUCUUCCUUGUGUCUUGAUUAUUGACUAAUGAAUGAGCAGCAAACUCCUGCUGUUGGUGAUGGUCUCUUUAAUGUGUUCACAAAGCAUGAUUCUGUGCUCUCUCCAGGUGCUAUUGGUCAUGGCAGCAACAUUAGAAGGAAUGCUCCUGUCUUCCCAUGGAGGGUAUGCUGUCUCUCGCACGAUUCUCUGGCCCUAAACAGAGUUUAACUUCUUUAAGGCAGUGGGUUUGUGGCCUCUGUGUCUGUUAUUGACUGGAGAAGGUCCUAAUAGGAGAGCAGUGUUUGAGCUCUCGGUCUUCUUCCUCUUCAU